UCUAUUACUUGCUAAUGGUGUUCUUAUAAUCAUGCACCCCAAGAAUACUGGCUAGGGUUGGGAAAACAACUGUACUACUAGGACUUUAAAUCUAGAGUGGGGAUGCACGUUUCUAAUUCCAGCACUUUGGAGGUGGGGGGCAGGCAGGGGCAUCAAGAGCUCAAAAGUCUUCCUCAGCUAUGUAGCAAAUUCAAGACCAUCCUGGGCUCCUUGAGCCCUUAUAUCAGGAAAAUAGAAAAAAAGAAAAGACAAAACAAAGACUCUAAACUUAGCGUAAGACAUGUGAGCUGAACAGAAUCAGGAUUACAGUUGCGGAAUAUGGCUAGCCGUAGUUUGUACGGAAGUCCAUAAAGGGCAAAAUUUCUCGCGUUUUCUUUUGCGUUUUCCCAGUGUUUAAAAAAAAAAAAAGAUUUAAGGACAGCGAUAGUUUAGCUUCAAAAUAGACAACAGCUAGAAUAAAGAAGGAAAAGAUAUCUUUAAAAUGUGGAUGCGUGAGGACCUACCGAUUAUAAGCCUAAGGAGAUUCUAACCAAAAGACUCUUAAGAAGUCUUGAGGUCGCCUGGAAAGACCAAGUUGGGCGAUACCAUCUUCAGCAGGGGUGGUGGAGGAGGGCGACACCACUUUAAGAGCUGGUGGGUAGCAACGAGUUGCGACUUGGAAAGAGUGGCGGGGCUUGCGGUAGGAUUUCGGAGGGACUGGACAGACAUCCGUGACGGGGUAUAUAUAUCUCCCUUGCCAUGAGCGGUUCAGUGCGCACUGAGCCGCUGCACGGUGAGACCCCUUUGCUGGCGCCCAGCGGCUCCUACUCGGUGGUGGUUCUGUUGCGCGGCUACGCGGAGCCGCUGGGAGCCGGCGACGCGGUGCGCGCUGAUGGCACGGUGACGCUCGUCCUGCCUCGGGGCUGGGCCUCGGACUCCAGCCGCCGAUCGACCCCAUCCGCGGACGGCGGCACUAAGACUGCCCUGGAGGAGGCGGUGCGUGGCCCCAUCCUCGUGGACACCGGGGGACCCUGGGCUCGGGAUGCGCUGCUGGAAUCCCUGGCUACUCAGGGCGUGGCUCCCGGAGACGUGACUCUGGUCGUGGGGACCCACGGGCACUCGGAUCAUAUCGGGAACCUAGGGCUGUUUCCCGAGGCAGCUCUGUUAGUUUCCCAUGACUUCUGCCUUCCCGGGGGGCUCUAUCUGCCCCAUGGGCUGUGUGAAACGCAGCCCUUGAGACUGGGCUCCGGACUGCAGGUGUGGGCCACGCCUGGCCACGGAGGACAGCGGGAUGUAAGCGUCGUAGUGGAGGGCACCAGCCUGGGCACCGUGGUGGUGGCUGGCGAUGUGUUCGAGCGCCUUGGUGACGAGGACUCUUGGCAGGCCCUGAGCGAAGACCCAGUAGCUCAGCAACGGAGCCGGGAGAGGAUUCUGAGCGUGGCUGAUGUGGUGGUGCCUGGUCACGGAGCCCCCUUUCGAGUGGUCAGGGAAGCAGCGAAAAGUUCGGAGGAUCAGAUAUGUGAAGGCAAGGAGGUUGCUUGACUAGAUUCCGGUCAGGAAAGCGCUUCCAGGAAGGAACUGGUGUCAGUCGGUCCAGGAGACCCGGAGGACGCAGUCAGGGCUGUGUUUGUCAGGUGCAGCUUUCCAGGAGGCAGCUUCCAAACGGGACAGAAUGACUGGCAUCAGUCGCCUUUUUCACUGCAACCUAAGUAGGACGAAGGACUGACUCAGCUCCAUCCUCCACGAGCCUCGGUAAAAUAUAGGAAAAAAGAAAAACAGUUAAAAUAUGUAUUUGGGAUGUGCGUGUGUGCCCAUGGAGUACUGAAGGCUACUUGGAAGAGUCGGUUCUCCAUCCUGUGGGUCCCCAGGAUCAAGUUCAGGUUGUCAGACCUGGCGGCACGGACCUUUCCCUGAUGAGCCAUCUUGAUUUAUAUUCUUGUUAGGACCUUCAAAAAAUAAAUAAUAGACCUGAA